AUGAAGAAGAAGUAUCAAGGCAAUGUGAAGGCAAAAAGGGUACAACUCCAAGGACUCCGAACUGAAUUUGAGACUUUCCGUAUGAAGUCAGGAGAGGCAGUUGCAGAUUUCUUUUCAAGAACUAUGGCAAUUGCAAGCAAGAUGAGAAUCCAUGGAGAGCAAAUGCAGGAUGUCACCAUUGUUGAGAAAAUCCUUCGAUCAAUGACACCGAAAUUUAAUUUUGUUGUCUGCUCUAUCGAAGAAUCGAAGGAUAUUGAUGAACUCUCCAUUGAUGAAUUGCAAAGUUCUUUGUUAGUUCAUGAGCAGAAAAUCAUCCAGCAGGACAAAGAAGAGCACGCGCUGAAAGCAACCACAGAUAAUCCUUCUAGAACAAGUGGAGGUCGAGGCAGAGGCCGAGGUCGGAGUAGGGGGAGAGGAAGCUACAGUCGAGGUAAUCAACAGUACCAUCAGUUGAAUGAUGAUCAGUUUCAACAUAGAGGAAGGGGACGUGGAGGACAUGACUCAACAACUCAGAAACCAAAGUCAGUAGACAAAACAAAUGUUGAGUGCUAUCGCUGCCAUAGGUAUGGUCAUUACAAAUCAGAAUGUUGA